UUUUGUUUGUUUUUUGGGAAGGAUAGACUUGAGAAGUCUCUCAACCCAGCAGCUCUCUUCAUUUUCCCAAUUAAUACCAAUACCCUAAAUCCAACAUGGAAGAACAAAGAUUCCAGCUCUGUCACUAAAAGGGAUAGAUUUUGAAUGAAGCGACUCACAUCUCUGUUAAUGUUAUCUCUUGCCCUUCACUUAUGGGGGCUCUGAGCGGCAACGAUCGGAACCCAGAUCACAGUUGCCCCGCAGUCCGAUUACAAAUUUCAUUUCCUGACCCUAAACCGAGGUUUCGCAGAGAAAUUCACGCUCCGGUUAGCCAUCUAAGGUUCGGGUUAUUUUCCGGCACAGGUAGCGGGUUAUUUUCCGGCACAGGUAGAGUCGAGGGCGUUGCAUCCCCUGCAAAAAUGGGCAACUGUUUUGGGACUCGAUUUUCGUUCAGUAAUUUGAGUAAUGGCGCCACAAAAUGUUUCGGGCUUUUUGAGAAAGGCGAGGAGAAGGUUGGGUUUGAGAAUGCGGACAGGGAGAACGUAGUUGAUGUGUCGGAUGAUUCAAGUGUCGAGGAGGUUGAGGUUUAUGAUUCGACGAAAACGAGAAAUGAUAGGCCGAGUCAAUUGGACUUGGAUAUGGAGUACUAUGAGAAGUGCCUCCAGGGGUUAUGGUUAUCUCGACCUCAGAAGAAAGAUGGACAAGUUAGAAAGGAUCGGUUUGACGAAUGUUUUGUGCCUCUUACGGAUGAGGAAGAAGCUUUGGUUGCUUCUGCAUUGUCGAAUUCUAAUCGGGAAAAGGUUGUGGUGAGCCAUGAGAAUUCUAAUAUUGAUAUCUCAGGAAAGAAAUUGCAGUGUUUGAGGCCACAUAAAUGGCUUAAUGAUGAGGUCAUUAAUUUGUAUCUCUAUUUGUUGAAAGAAAGGGAAGAAAGAGAGCCUCAGAAGUUUUUGAAAUGUCAUUUCUUUAAUACUUUCUUCUAUAAGAAGCUGAUUAGUGGAAUAGAUGGCUACAAUUUCCAAGCUGUUAGAAGAUGGACCACACAGAGGAAGCUCGGAUAUCACCUUUUAGAUUGUGAGAAAAUUUUUGUGCCUAUCCAUCAAGUAGGGCAUUGGUGUUUGGCCAUCAUCAGUAAGAAGGAUAAAAAGUUUGAGUAUCUCGAUUCGCUCAAAGGUUUUGAUAGCCAAGUGAUGAGUGCACUAUCUAGGUACUAUGUUGAUGAGGUGAAGGACAAGACUGGAAACGAUAUUGAUGUCAGUUCAUGGGAACAAGUAUGUGUCACACACCUUCCAGAGCAAGAAAAUGGGUUCGACUGUGGAAUGUUCAUGAUCAAGUAUAUGGAUUUCUAUAGUCGGGAUAUUGGACUAUGUUUUAACCAGAGUGACAUGCCAUAUUUUAGGAGACGGACAGCUAAGGAGAUCUUGAAGUUGAGAGCCGAGUGAAGCAUUUUCAAGUUGAGUUGUUUUCUCCCAUAACAAAUGAACAAUACCAUCCAAGAACACAGAUUGAUUUUUCACAAUGUAGUGAGGUUGAUGUGAGUUAGCAGUUGGGGCAUUAUUUUGAUAUGAUGAAAGUAUAAUCCCUUGUGAAACAAGGUGAAAGCACUGUAUAUUACACUUUACACCCUCUGUAAUUUUUUGUACAUGUACAGUGUACUGUAACAUGGAGAUGGAACUUGUGUAGGAAUUAGUAUCUGAGAAUGAAAUUCUGGGCUGCAUAAAUGAAUAGAAAUAAAAUGAAUAUUUUAG